ACGUCAAAUAACGCUUGAAAUUUUAUUUUUUAAUAUGAAUUAUGGUACAUAAGAUAUAUUUAAUAUUACUCGCAAUUCAUAAAUAUGAAUUCUACUAUAACCAUAAAUGCCUCAAGGAUGUACCUUAAUAGAUUAACAAAAUCACAUAUAGGUUCAAUUACAAGAAUCUCAUCAGUUCGAGAAGCUCACAGAAAAUCAAUUUAUAAAACUGAAGCCAAGAAAAUUAGGUUUUAUGUUUUGAGUAGAUAUGUUGAAUAUCUUAAAAACUAUGACAAAAUAUUGGAGAAAAGCUUUCCCGGCGCUAUGCGCGUGUACAGGGUUUUUAUGGACGGAGUCAAAGAUUUUAUAAGGGAUACCAAAGAUUAUUUUAAGAUUAUACGAAUUUUAAACGCCACUGGUAGUGACUUCAGCAAACUUCUUCGAAGAGAAAUAGAACUCUAUCACCAAAUGCCCAAAGAUAUGAGAAAGGUAGCUCCAGUUUUAUUAGUUUCGGCACUACCAUUUGGAAACUAUGUUAUAUUCCCUUUAGCUUAUAUGUUCCCCAGACAUUUGCUUUGCUCACAUUUUUGGAGCUUACAACAGAGGUCCGAUUUUAAUAUAAUUUUUCUCCAAAAUCGAUUGAUCCAUAACAGGCCGGUAUUUCGCCACUUACAAAGCCAACUAGAUUUCUUAAAGUGCCAUCCCCUUCACGAUCAGUGGGCUAAUAUCCUGGGAAAGUUAGGUAGCGGUCAACAAACAAGUCCUGAAGAGAUAUUAAAAUGCAAAGAAUUGUUUACUUCUGAACCAUACCAUUUACUCUACCUAAGUCGAAAUCAUGUUUUGCAUUUACUUAAAAUGCAUGAACAACACAAGGGGUGGUUUCGCAGGACGCGAUUAGCUGAUAGAGCUUUUAUACUGAUACAAAUGGAUAAAGCAAUAAUGAGGGAAGGUGGCGUGCAUAAUUUACCGAUUGACGCAUUAAAAAAUGCAUGCUUUAUCAGAGGACUGAAUCCCACAAAUAUGAAAAAUGAGGAGAUGGUAGUGUGGUUGACCGACUGGAUAAAAUUGUCAAGUAAAAUUGACAAAGACAGUUAUUCUUUACUUCUCCAUUCUCCUGUAUUAUUAGGUUACAAUGCGCCAUCAAAUUGGGCUCUAAUUUAUCCACCAAAGUAGUUAUAAAUCCUUGUUUCCUUGUUACUAUUUAUUACACAACCUGUUACCACAUGGGGACGAUAUAGGAAAU